CGCGCUGGCUUCAUCGGUAUGGGUCGUCUGGGAUUGUGUACCGCCCUCAAGUUUGAGCAAGCGGGUUGGGAUGUCUGUGGGUCUGACGUCUUUCCGUCGUACGUUGAAAGUAUCAACGACAAGAGUCUUCGAAGCAAAGAGCCCGGAGUCGAAGAGGCUUUGCGAAAGAGCACGCGUUUGCGAGCGACUCUGAAUCUCCUUGAUGUCCUAGAGCAUGCCGAUAUCGUUUUCAUUCUCGUCGCGACUCCAACCAGCGCGGGCGAAGAGGCCUACGACACGACAACUCUGAGCAGGGUCUUGAGUGAUAUCGCUAAAUUAAGGCCGACAAACAAACACAUCGUGAUUUGCUGCACAGUGUUGCCUGGUUACAUCUCGAACAUCGGUAGUUACCUUAUCGAAAGUUGCACUGGAUGUAGUUUGAGUUACAAUCCAGAGUUCAUCGCCCAGGGUGAGAUCAUGAAGGGCCUCAGUGAACCCGACGUGGUGCUCAUAGGGGAAGGAAGCGAAGAAGCCGGUGAUAUUCUACAGUUUUUAUACGAGACCGCGACGUCCAAUGAGCCUCGGAUCUGUCGCAUGUCUCCGCAAAGCGCUGAGAUAAUGAAACUAAGCGUAAACUGCUUUGUUACCACGAAGAUCAGCUUCGCCAAUAUGAUUGGUGACAUUGCUGACGCGACGCCUGGUGCAGACAAAUUCGACAUCCUUAGAGCCGUUGGUCAGGAUACACGUGUCGGCCACCGGUGCAUCCUUCCAGGUUACGGCUUCGGAGGUCCUUGCUUUCCACGUGAUAAUAGAGCACUCGGAAUGUACGCACGCAAGGUUGGAAUCACUCCUUCAAUUUGCGACGCGACGGAUGAAUACAACCGACUUCACGCGGACGCCAUGGUAAAGGCUCUUUUGGAACAAAAACUAGAGCAUUAUACCAUCAGUGAUGUUGCUUACAAGCCACAGUGUCCGGUGGAUAUUAUUGAAGAGUCGCAACCACUCGAAGUGGCCAAGAGACUUGUUCAAGCAGGCAAGCGAGUCGUUAUACGCGAUCGACCCGCCAUCAUCGAGCUCGUA